AUCUUUAGUUAGUAUUCAGAUCACGUUAAACUUCGGUUGAAUUAGAGUGUAGGCUGUUGUGAGUUAACGUUUAUAUUUAGCAUCAUAUAUUUUUGUCAUGGUAAUUAUUUUUAUUUACACAUAUGUAGCACAUUUGUUUAUUAAAGAAACGUUAUUAUUAAUUCGGUAAAAAAAUUUAUUUUUCUACGCACGAUUUAAUUAUUCAAGAAAAAAUUAAUCAAGGCGUGAGGCCGUUCAUUACAGUGCCCUCCGAUUGUCAUUCAUAGCUAUAUUCAAUACACUACCAACAUUUACAAUUAUAUUAUGUUUAUAAUAAUUAACAAUAUCCAUUGCUUCGGGGCGAGUUUCGAACAUUAUCCACAUGACGUCGUAGUAAAUUCAUUAAAAACUAGAGUUAGCAUAUCCAUAUCGUUCAGAAAUAAAACAACUUUGGUACGAGUCAGGUAGAGGUAUCUUAUCAGUGUGUAUGAUAUAUAAAAAAAAUUGCCAGGUAUCGGUGAAUGACCGUCUCUAAAUUAUACUGAUUGCGUACAAGAAGAAAUCUAACCGUUCUUUUUUCAUUUAUAAUAACUCAAGUGAUACGGAUCCACUUACGUGUAUUUUGAAUAAAAUGAGCCUACAAUUGAAGAAAAAUGAAUCAUUAGUUAGGACACUUUUGAGAAGAAAAAGGGAAACAGAUUUAAUAACUGAACCAAAAAAAAAUAUUCUUAAACGUGAACUUGGUUUAUUUGACUUAGUAUCACUAGGAGUAGGAUCAACCCUAGGUUUGGGUGCUUAUGUUUUAGCUGGAGAAGUUUCUCGCUAUUAUACAGGACCUGCAGUAAUAUUGUCAUUUGCUUUUGCUGCUGCAGCAUCAGCCCUAUCAGGCUUAUGUUAUGCUGAGUUUGCUAGCCGUGUUCCAAAAGCUGGAUCAGCAUAUGCAUUUAGUUAUGUUGGUGUUGGAGAAUUGGUAGCAUUUCUCAUUGGAUGGGAUUUAAUUUUGGAGUACAGUAUUGGUUGUGCAAGUGUAUCCAGAGCAUUAAGCGGACAUAUAGAUAAGCCAUUUGGAUAUCCUAUGAAAAAUUAUCUUAGCAAAAAUUUUCCAAUAAAUGUCGGAUUUUUAGCUCCAUAUCCAGAUGUAUUUUCUUUUAUUGCAAUAAUUCUUUUAACGGGACUUAUAGCAUGGGGAAUUCGUGAAUCGUCAAUCUUAAACAAAGUGUUUACAAUCGUUAAUGUAUCUACAGUGGCUAUAGUAGUAUUAACAGGAUUUUUUCAUGUUGAUUUUAGCAACUGGAAUAUACCAAAAAAUGAUAUACCCGAUGGCUUGAAUGGUGGCGAAGGAGGGUUUUUGCCUUUUGGCUGGUCUGGUGUAUUUACUGGAGCUGCAACAUGUUUUUAUGGAUUUGUAGGAUUCGACGUUGUUGCUACCACUGGUGAAGAAGCUAAAAAACCUACAAGGGAUAUCCCAUUGUCCAUUGUUAUUUCUUUGGUAGUAAUUACUACAUCAUAUUGUAGCUUAGCUACUGUACUGACAUUAAUGUGGCCAUAUUAUGAUCAAGACCCUGAAGCUCCUUUUACACACAUUUAUCAGCAACUGAAUUGGACAGUGAUAGAAUGGAUAGUUACAAUUGGUGCUGUGUUUGCUUUAUGUACCAAUAUGAUAGGUACAUUAUAUCCGUUGCCAAGAGUGUUGUAUGCUAUGUCAUCCGAUGGUUUAAUGUUUAAAUUGUUUUCUAAAGUAAAUUUACAGACAAAAACACCAGUUUGGGGUACGAUAAUUUGUGGAUUGUUUGCUGCAACCUUGUCGAGCAUAUUUGACUUACAACAACUUAUGAAUAUGAUGUCUAUUGGUACCUUGAUGGCUUACACGUUGGUUUGUUUUUGCGUUUUGAUAUUACGAUAUACAGAAGAGUCAGUGGAUGGCCGCAAGGACAAAGACGACGGGAGUGCAUGCAAUUCCAUAUACUCUUUAUUAGCUAUUUGUGUUAACUCAUCAAAUAUUGACGAGCCAACAAAAAUAACUGAGCGAACAUCAAUUACUAUUAUCAUAGUUUAUUUACUAACUUCAAUUUGCUUUUCUGCUGGCAUAACCUUAGUUCAAAAUUUUGGUGAAUUUACAAGAAAUUCUCUGAUAACGAUUGGCGUGACAGGAUUGUGUCUUGUUAUAAUGGGUUUAUUUUUGUCUCGCCAACCGCAAUCUAAAAAGCGACCGUUAUUUAAGGUGCCGUGGGUUCCAUUUGUUCCUUGUAUGAGUAUUGUACUUAACAUAUAUUUAAUGACGAAAUUAGACCCGUUUACAUGGGUGAGAUUUACUUGUUGGCUGGUUAUUGGAUCUGCAAUAUACGCAUUUUAUGGUUAUCGUUAUAGCGUUGAGCGAUUUAGAGGAUUGGCGACACAACACGAUGUGACAACCACUUCUGAAACUGAUAAUAUGCCAAUGAAUAUUAAAGUUUAAACGAAUUCCAAUGUUUUUGAAUAGGGUCGUAUUUAUAUGAAAAUGAUACAACGCAAUCUUAAAAUUAAGCGAUUUAUUAGUCACCGCAAAUUUUGAAUCUCUGAAAUACGUUGUAGUAUUUUUUUGCUCAUACGUAAGUGUUCGAUUUACUUGACGGACAUUGACUGAAAUUAUAUUUUUAAAUCGCCAAACGGAAUCAUUUAAAUUGUUGUUUUUUUUACCUACGUCACUAAAUAAAUUCGCUAUACAAAU